CUAAUCCCAUUCUUUCCUUUUUCUUUCCCCCCCUUUACAAAGCCUUAUAUGAUUCCUAGCCCUUCCUCCUGGCUUGAGACGGUAUACGGGUUUAGAUGCUCACGGCGAUCCAGGACAUGUAUUACUCUCCCCCUUUACUUGAUAAUGACAUGUGUUAUGUGGCCCUCUUGUCACAGUGCAUAUUAGCGGUUGGAAAAGUUUUCUUAUCAUCUUCUCACUGGGCUUUGCUUGGUCGUCAUCAUGACUUUGGUUUCCUCUUCCUGUGUUGCCAUGACCUCUUUAUUUUCUCUACCUCUUUGAUGGCUCCUUAUCUUCUUAGCAUAGCGAGCUGAAUGCCCAUAUUUCUUUCAUCUCUGAUCUCUGGUGGCUUUUGACCUCCCAUUAUCAUUUUUUUUCUUUUCUCUCCUACCAUGUUGACGACCGUCGCAGUCCAUCU